AUGGCUACGUCUGCCGUUCUCGGUUUCCCCCGUAUUGGUCCUCAACGUGAGGUGAAGAAGGCUCUGGAAGCCUACUGGGGCGACAAGAUCUCUGCCGAGGAGCUCCUCAAGGUUGCCAAGGAGCAGCGUCUGAACACUUAUGCCACUAUCAAGGAGCAAGGUGUUGACUUUGUUCCCACUGGUACUUUCUCGCUUUAUGACCACGUUCUUGACAUGUCGAACACUCUUGGUAUUAUUCCUGAGGCGUACGCCAAGUCGGGUCUCUCUCAGCUGGACACCUACUUCGCUAUGGCUCGUGGUCAUCAGAAAGGUGGUGUUGACCUGCCGGCUACGGAGAUGAAGAAGUGGUUCGACUCAAACUACCACUACUUGGUGCCUGAAUUUUCCGAGAAGUCUGAGUUCAAGCUGAACGACAACAAGCCCGUGGACGACUUCAUUGAGGCCAAGGAGGCUGGCUACAAUGCCCGCCCUGUCAUCUUGGGUCCUUUGACGCUUCUUUGGCUCGGUAAGACUUCUAAGGAUGCGCAGGACCCCAACUUCAACCGCUACUCGCUCCUUCCGAAGCUUGCCCAGACGUAUGUUCAGCUCUUUGAAAAGCUUGCAGCAGCUGGUGCUCCGUGGGUUCAACUGGAUGAGCCGAUUCUGGUGGUGGACACUGCUAAACAGCUCAGCAACGAAUUCAAGCAGACAUACGAGUUGUUCCACAAGAGCGUGCCUAAUCUGAACAUUCUCGUCGCCGCGUACUUUGGCCGUCUGGAGGACAACAUUGACUUUGUGAAAGAGCUGCCCAUCGCCGGUCUUCAUAUUGACCUUGACCGUGCUCCCGAGCAGCUUGAGCCGGUUCUCUCCGCCAUCGCUCCCACUAAGAUUGGUCUUUCGCUUGGUCUUGUGUCCGGUCGUAACAUUUGGAAGACGGACCUAGGCGCUGCUAUCAAACUCGCUCAGAAGGCUGUUGACGCCAUUGGUGCCGACCGCAUUCAAGUGGCCUCGUCCUCGUCGCUUCUCCACACCCCUAUCACGGUGGCCAACGAGAAGAAGCUCAAGCCUGAGGUGGCUGACUGGUUCUCUUUCGCUACUGAGAAGUGCGGUGAGGUUGCCACUAUUGGUGUCGCCCUGAAGGACCAGGCCGCUGCUGCUCAGAAGCUGGAGGCGAACGCCAAGAGCAUUGCUGCCCGCCGUGACUUUGAGAAGAACUCGGACCCUGCUGUCCGUGAGCGUGUUGCCAACAUCAAGCCUGAGGACUUGAACCGCAAGUCGCCAUUCCCCCAGCGUCGUGAGGUGCAGCGCCAGUUCCUGAAGCUUCCUCCCUUCCCUACCACGACCAUCGGUUCAUUCCCUCAGACCAAGGAGAUCCGCCAAUACCGCGCACGCUUUACGAAGGGCGAGAUUUCCCAGGAGGAGUAUGAAAAGUUCCUGGAGAACGAGAUCAAGAUGGUGGUUGAGAAGCAGGAAGCUCUUGGCCUGGAUGUGCUGGUCCACGGUGAGCCUGAGCGUAACGACAUGGUGCAGUACUUUGGUGAGCAGCUUGAUGGCUUUGUCUUCACCCAGAACGCCUGGGUGCAGAGCUUCGGCUCGCGCUACGUGCGCCCUCCGAUUAUUGUGUCGGAUGUGUCUCGUCCUCAGCCCAUGACGGUGCGCUGGUCGUCAUACGCUCAGAGCCUUACGCAGAAGAUCAUGAAGGGUAUGCUUACUGGCCCCGUGACUAUUCUGAACUGGUCUUUCCCUCGUGUGGACAUUGGCCGUGACCAGCAGGCCUUCCAGAUUGCUUUGGCUCUCCGAGACGAGGUCGUGGAUCUUGAGAAGGCAGGCAUUCGUGCCGUCCAGGUCGACGAGCCGGCUAUUCGUGAGGGUCUCCCUCUUCGCCGCCAGCAAUGGGACGCUUACCUCAAGUGGGCUGUGGACUCAUUCCGUCUGGCGGUGAGCGGUGCCUCGGACGCCAUGAACACUGCCAGUCACUUCUGUUACUCUGACUUUAACGACAUUAUGGACUCGGUCAUUGCCCUUGAUGCCGACAUGAUCUCGAUUGAGAACUCGAAGAGUGAUGCCAAGCUGCUCAAGAUCUUCCAGACGACCAAGUACCCUAACGAGAUUGGUCCGGGUGUGUUUGACAUUCACUCGCCUCGUGUGCCAUCGGCUGAGGAGAUGACCCAGCGCAUCAAGGAAAUGAGCCAGUUCAUUGACCCCAAGCUGCUCUGGGUCAACCCCGACUGUGGUCUCAAGACCCGCACGUGGGACGAGUGCACUGCUCAGCUUAAGGCCAUGGUCACUGCCGCUGAGGAGGCUCGCAAGACCUUCCUUUAA